AUUAAUAAAUUUCACAAAUGAGUUUGCUUUGGAAUUACGAACUCAAAUCUGAAUUCCUCACUAUCUUUCUGCUAGCUAUCUGAGAUUCUCCGUUCAACACAAUCGGGAAACCUGCCGCCAUGGAUUCACAGAACGACGUCAACGUUGGUUGCAGUCCUUCAUGGAGCUCCGUCACGAAUUGGGCGGUCGCUGGUGGCUGUUUGGACAGUACAGUUGCUUAUGAAUCCUUCUAUUAUCCGAUUAACGAGGAGGAGACGCUCGAUUCCGGCCCGAAGUUGUCUCUUGUUCUGCGCCGUCCUUCACUCGAGUCUGGUCCUUGCGAGAUCACUCUUCAUUUUGCGGAAAAGCACGAGGUCCAGCAGGUUUAUGUUAGAAGCACCGCUCGAGUCUAUGAAAUAUAUUACGCUACCAAUUCUGAGAAUGAAAAUGAAUAUUUAUGUACUGUUCGUUGUGGUGCUGCAUUGAGAGAUGAAGAAGUGCUACACACUACUGAUAUUGAAGGAGUAUCUGCUCUUAAAAAUGGGUCUAAUGGAGAUGUGGCUGAAUCGAAUUCACAACGUGGCAGUAAUUCGAACACAAAUGAAGAUGAUUGGGUUGAUGUUAAAGCGCUUGAUGGCCUGGCCGUUAAUCAUAAAAACAAUUCUUCUACAUCCAAGUUUGGUGCGGACUUGGACUUUUAUGAGGCUACAGCAGAAAUAACGGAUGCACAACCUUGCACGUCUCUUACAAUCCGUCUUCUUUCACUUCAGAAUAAAAGUACUGUAUAUGUUGAUGAAGUCUAUGUGUUUGCCAAUCCCGUUGAUUCAGAAGAAAAGGGUCCAGUGGAGAACUCAGGUCAAAAUUCUCAUAGUUCUUUGAUGUCCAUGCUUGUCCCAACCCUUCUGCAGUUAUCUAAAACUACUGGCAGUAGUAAGAACAGCGACGGGCGCACUUCUAAUGCAGAGGGAAUACUUGCAUUGCCCAAGGUUGAGCCAAAAGCUUCCCAUCCAAUCAAUAGUGUAGCUGAACUUCAGAAGGAAGGAAAAUCUUGUGCAACUGUCGAUGAUGAAGUGAUAUUGCAAGAAGAAAAUGAGUCCGACAGACCUGUACGUAAGCCCGAGGUGCCUCUACAAGUUCCUGUUAAAGAGAGGGUGCGUGAUGAACCGCUUAGUUGUAUUGAAAGCAUUUUGGGGCAGCUUGUUUGUCGAAUGGACCGAAUAGAGAAUUGCUUUUUGAGGUUUGAAGAAAAUAUGCUAAGGCCCAUCAACAGCAUUGAAGGCAGGCUGAAGCAGAUUGAGCAGCAACUUGAAGUUUUAACUAAGGAGUCGCAUGGUUCAGAAUGGCUAUCUUGCUACAGAAUGUCUGCUCCGAGCUUUUCUGCUAACGAAUCGGUUUCUAACUCGUUCUAUAACAGUGGGAACGAUCAUCCCAGUUGUGGACCAAUUGAACCGGAUCAAAGGGAACUUGAAUCAGGUGCAUCACCUGUUGCACUUAAUAUGCCCAAUUCAGAGUGUUCUUCACUGUUGUGUCCUAGUCUUGUGGUAACUGCUCCUGAGUUUUCAAACGGUGAGGAUGAUGAUCAGGAGCGUGUUAUGGUAACUGCUUCCGAGUUUUCAAAUGGAAAUGAUGAUGGCCAAGGGAAUCCAGUCCAGGAAGUUGUAGUCGAUUCGCCAAAGAGUAAACCGAAGCCAUCCAUUGAUGAUGUAUUGGCAUCUGCUCUAGCUCAGUUCGCAUUAUCAUCAUCUUUAUCAGGUGAUAUGUCUGAAAGUGAAUUACAUCCUUUAAGCUGUUCCCAAGAAACUGAUAACACACAAUGCACACCAAAUUCUUCUUUAGCCAAUGGCGGGAACUCGAGCCCUUCCAGGCAUGACCAUACUUCCAAAAUUGACGAGGGAGAUGGCGACGACGUUCCCAACAAUCCAGAAUGUAAGCAUCAGAGGAACGAUGGCGAUGUUGGAGUUGCUUCAGCUAAACAAAGCAUGAACCAAAUGGAGGAACUUGAAUAUGUGCAAGUUAUUAAUGAAACAGGUGAAGAUUACAUUCCAGAGAGGAGUAACAUUAAUGAAAACGAACCUGAUAGUAUUGAUGUCAAUGUCGAUGCCAUUGUUGAUGCUGAUCCCAUGGAGGUUACAAAAGAAGUUCGUAACAUAGACAUUGUCCACGAUGUUCUCGGAUUUUCCCGUGACACAUCUGUUGUGAAUUUUGAGAUCCCAAUCCUGGAUGUAAGCUUCACCACCAUUGGAGAUUCGACUUCCAACGAUAGCCUCAAAGAGCUUCUCGGUGACAUGGCGGAAUCAAGCUAUGGAGGAGCAUCUCGUCCCAAGGAAAGUGAUGAGGGUACUUCUGUUGGCGAGCAAUAUGACCUCAUUUUGGUUGAGGAAGAGGUCCAGGAGAAUGCUGCCACAAGAAGUUGCCCCAUAUCGGUUGAUAUGAACUACUAUACCAUUAUGAGCGAGCCGCUGGUUACUGAUGGCGAAGAUUUGCAGGAUUACUGCAACAAUAAUACAGCCAUCUCGAGUCUUAUGACUAAUUUCUGAUAUAGUUCUUAUGGUGAAUGUGGAUAUGUAUUUGUAUAUAAAUCUUUUUUAGGCAACAGAUAAUCUUAGUUUAUUUUGGU